AUGCAGAGUGACUCCUUGAAUAAUGCAAUUUACAACUGUGAUUGGACGUUGCUCAUUGCAAAAGACCGUCGUCAAAUGAUUCUUCUGCUAUUAAACUCUCAGAGAAAAUUAUGCGUUACAGUAGGAGGUGUUGCUUCAGUGUCUCUUGAUACGUUUGCAAAGUUAAUAAAAACAUCUGCGGGGUAUAUAUCAGUACUACUUGCAGCCAAA